ACAUCAGACGCUCUCAAGAACCUAAUUAUCCAAAUCAGUGGUUUUGUCAGGAUGUCUUACGGUGGAUCAGGUUCGGUGCCGCGUGGUGAAUUCAGCGUUCACUUUGCCAGCAGACGAGGAGAAGGAUACGUCAGAGCAGAAGAGGCGGUGGGCAUCGCUUUAUUAGCUGUAAUCCUCACAGCUCUGCUCAUUCUGGGCUGCUGGUAUUACCGCAAACGCAGCGGGUACAAAACGAUCCGGAACGGCCGUGGUGGCGGACAGACCUGGAGAGAGAUGAUGCCAUCGGGUCAGUAUGGUGAACCUGGUUCAGGAGAGGAAAACAAAGUGGCCUGGAAUGAACUUACCAACCUCCAACCAGCGGUAAAAACCUCAUAUGUGUGUCUGUAUUACACCAUGUGUAUGGAGAAUACGUACAUUAUUAUAAUACUGAACAAACUUUGAGUGAUGCUGCCAGUGUAAAACUUUUUUAAUGUAAGAACAAUGUAGGAUUUUUUCACCUGUUUAUUCAUCCACCAGGUUCAAAUGUUAAGUCUUAUCUCUUAGUAAAGUAACAACUGAAACUAGUCCAAGUCGACUAGUUGAAAAGUGUAUAUAAGUGUAUAUAUAUAUAUGGAUUACACAAGUGAAAUACAGUAUCACUGGAAAGGAAAUCUGGCGUGAUUUGGCACUUCAUAUAUAGUGAUAAGAAGUCAGAAUUGUUCUUGUAACACUCAUUUCUCUUGUUGCACAAAGAACAAAUCUCCAAGUCUUUCCCUCCGUCUCAAUUGACUUCAAAGAAUAAGAGUAAGCAAGCUGUUAGGACCCAAAACAAAAGAGGGGAUAAAGGAGACAUGUGACCCACUGCAGGCAGAACAACCUUUAGAUUGUGCCAUUAACCAGGGUCGUUUCUAGGCAUAAGCGAAUUAGGCGGUCGCCUAGGGCGCAACCUUCCGGGGGGGGUUGGGCGCCAUAGAGGAGGUUGCUGCAACGCACCAGCAAUAGGGAUCUCGCCUAGGGCGCCAGAAUGGUCUGAAACGACCCUGUCAUUAACCAUAGUGUGUGUGGAUCACAAUGGGUGGAAUUUGUUGCAGUGCUGGUACACCAUAUGGUAUAUUCACUAAAAGGGACAGUUCACCCAAAAGUGAAAACACUUUGAUCAUUU